UACGUCCAAUAUUCCAGAAUGAGAGAGGGGGCGGGGAAGAGAAAACAUGUGCGCUGCUCAGCCGCAGUGUUUCCGGCUCAGUUGUAAAAACACGCCGACUUGGCUCUGUUAAGGGUAAUUGUUCACCUCCCCAGAUGAAUAUCAUGCCCUCCUGGGUCAUGAGGAGCUGCAGGCCCGUCAGAGCUGCUGCAAUCUGGCUGGGUACCCAUGGAUUUCACCUGGCCAAUCACCCAGGCCUGGGCGGCUGCUGCUGGAAUCUGUCGCCUCUGGCCUGCAGAAGGGGCAUCUCCCAGUCGGCUACCUUUCGGGAGGGUCACCAUACAGAGGGUCCAGCCUGCCUGGACCCGGCCACCAACUCGCAAGAAAGGGAGAAAAGUUCAUUUUCGCCUCCGUGCUGGCACAGACCUGUGAUGGUUAGGGAGGUGAUUGAUUUUCUGUCACCCAAACCGGAGCAGGUAUUUUUAGAUAUGACUUUUGGGGCUGGAGGCCACACAGAAAUGAUCCUUUCCCAAGCUUCUGACAUCUCAGUGUUUGCCUUGGACAGAGAUCCAAUAGCACAUGAAAUUGCAAAACAGCUUUCCCAGACAUAUCCUGCUCGGAUUCACCCUUUUCUUGGAAGAUUCAGCCAGCUGGAGAGCUUAUUAGUGGCAUCGGGCAUAGAGACAGACACUUUUGAUGGAGUUGUCAUAGACGCAGGCUGCUCCUCUAUGCAAUUAGAUGUCCCAUGGCGUGGGUUUGCAUUAAGCAAAGAUGGUCCACUUGACAUGAGAAUGGAUGGAGACAGGUACCCCAACAUGCCCACCGCAGCUGACGUGGUGAAUGCCUUAGAUCAACAGUCACUUGCGUCCAUCUUGAGGAUCUACGGAGAAGAAAAGCAUGCAAAGAAAAUAGCUGCAGCAAUCGCACAGGCACGCAGCAUCUAUCCCAUCACUCGCACUCAGCAGCUCGCCAGUAUAGUUGCAGGAGCAUUUCCAGCAGCAGCAAUGUACGCUCGUAAAGACCUGCUUCAGAGACCUGCACAUGUGGCAACCAAAACGUUCCAAGCCUUGCGAAUCUUUGUGAAUGAUGAAUUGAAUGAGUUGUAUAAAGGACUUAAAACAGCUCAGAAAUUCUUGAAACCUCAAGGCCGCUUGGUUGUGUUAACAUUUCAUUCACUUGAAGACCGCAUUGUGAAACGUUUUCUGCAUGGUAUUGACAUAUCUGAGAAAUUCAACCAAAGUGCAAGGCAAAAGAUUAGACAAGGACUUAGAAAACAGGAAGAGGAUGGCUCAUCCCACCCUGAACAGACAAUCUUGAAUUGGUCACACACUCAGAAGAAAGUGUUGACCCCGGGCCCGGGGGAAGUUCAUGAAAAUCCACGUGGGCGUUCUGCAAAGCUUAGAGCUGCCAUAAAACUGUGAUAGUCAAAGUUUAUGAACAUUUUCUUAAUAUCCCCAGGCUAACAGAAUUUGACAUGGACGUGUUUUUGUAACAUUCAGUGAAAAUGUUGAUAAACAAAGAUGUCAUCUCAUUGUUGCUGAUAUAAAAACAUUCAAAAUUGGAAGUGAGAGAUUUAAAUGUGAUUAAAUGGUAUGAUUGUUAUUUAAGACCCACUGGAACAAUGGAGACCUGCCAAAGCGGUGAGUUAAGCAUUAGCCUUCCAUCUCUAGGACAUGAGUCGAAAUCUGCCCAAAACUGAUUGGAUGAGUCACCCCAAUUGACGAAACUUGAUAAUGUCCCUGAAGAGUCAGUGGGUUAUGCAGGGAAAUGGCCAAGUCUAGCACUGAGGGAGGAGGAUACUCUUCUUGGAUGUAGGCUCAGAUACAUUAUUGGGCCAGAGAAAAGGGUGUUUCAAGAUCCAACCUGAUUGGAUGCUGUCAUUGGAGUCCAAAGAAAGCAUGUUCUAUUUCUCACACGAACAUCCUUAACCUUUUCUUAUGCAAAAUUUGCUAAGGGAAUCAGUAGAAUGGAGAGUAUUCAAAGAUUAAAUGCUUAUUAAAGAUGUGAUGAACCUUUAUAUUCUUGGAAGUGAUAUUGGUCCGUGAACACUAAAUUAGUGAAGCAUGGAAGUUUGGCAAAGCAUUCCUUUGUAUUAUGCAUCUCUGGGAUCUCUCACAGCAGAUAGAAAAGACUACAUGCGAACAGACUCCUUUGGAGAAAAAUGCUAAUGAAUUUAGAGAUUUUCAUAGGUUUAAAAUAUUUGAAAUGUAAACUACAUCUUAAUGUAUGCCCCUAAUUUUGGUCAGUUAUAUUAAUGCUGUGACUUGUAUGUGUAAGAUGUUGUGAAUGUGCUCCAGGAUGUUUGGUCACAAGUGUAAAAACUAAUAAUUGUGAACACCUUGUUGACACUGCACCUGCAGAAAUUUUGCAGUGUUAAUGCACUAUUUAUUUGGUGUAUUGUGCUAGUGUUGUUAGUUUCUCCUCUUUUCCACAUUCUGGAUCUUACAACUUGACAGGACAGAAACCUCUUUAUGGAUGGCUCUUACUGUGAUGUUUUUACUAUUUUGGGAAAUUCAUGGCCUAUGCUCGGCGCAUAUUUCCCUUUUCGAAAUAAAGUUUGUAUAUUUUACUUCCAGCAAGUUCCUUGCAGGCCUGUUUGGCUCCGCUGGUAAAGCAUAAGAUGUGUAAUUUCAGGGUUGUGGGUUUGAGCCUCAUAUUGGUGCUGUCAGCUGACAGUCUGUAAGGUAAUCGAGGAAGGUUUUUUGAAACUAGGGAAGGGGCCAUUCUAGACCUUGUAUUGGGGAAUGAGCCUGGCUAGGUGAUCAACGUUUCAGUGGGGGAAUAUUUUGGGAGCAGCAAUCAUAAUUUGAUAAGUUUUAGGAUAGUUGUGGAUAAGGAUAAGACUGAUCCUCAGAUGAAACUGCUAAAUUGGGGGAAGGCUAAUUCAA